AGUCCCGGGCAAGGUGUUGCGGCCGGCGCCAUUUUCUCGAGCCGCCUGUUUCGGGUGCCGCCAUGUUGGUGAGGAGAAAUCACCGUUACGGCCACUGUCCAAAUCCCCGCGUCGCUGCACGCCGCCCGCCCGCUCCCACGCCACAGCCACCGGCGGCGAAUAGAGACUAGAGCGGCAGCGCCGGCAGCGCGGGGCCGUUGCCCAGUGUUUGCAGUUAGAGCCCCAUCUCUCUGGCGUGGUUGUUAAUAGACUGGAAAGUCUGUGUCUGUGUCGCUCACUAGUAACCGUGAGUUUUUACCACUUCGUCACCUGUCGGCGGCGGCCGGGAGCAGGUUCCCGCAGGCGGCGCAGGGGUCUUCCCCGCGCCCCGCCGCCGCCGGCCUCGCAGACCUGCCCUCCAGCCCCGCCCCGUUCUUGACCAAACAUGACAGACUCUGAACAUGCAGGGCACGACAGAGAAGAUGGCGAAUUAGAAGACGGUGAAAUAGACGAUGCAGGAUUUGAAGAAAUACAAGAAAAAGAAGCAAAAGAGAAUGAAAAGCAGAAAAGUGAGAAAGCCUACAGAAAAUCAAGAAAAAAACAUAAGAAAGAGAGAGAGAAGAAAAAAUCCAAAAGGAGAAAACGUGAGAAACAUAAGCAUAAUUCCCCAUCUAGUGAUGAUAGUUCGGACUACAGCCUUGAUUCAGAUGUUGAACAUACAGAAAGUUCCCAUAAAAAAAGAACUGGUUUCUACAGGGAUUAUGACAUUCCAUUUACUCAGCGUGGACAUAUAUCAGGAAGCUACAUAACAUCAAAGAAGGGUCAACAUAACAAAAAAUUUAAAAGUAAAGAAUAUGAUGAGUACAGCACCUACAGUGAUGACAACUUCGGUAACUACAGUGAUGACAACUUUGGUAACUACGGUCAGGAAACAGAGGAAGAUUUUGCCAAUCAGCUGAAACAAUACAGGCAAGCUAAAGAAACCUCAAAUAUUGCUUUAGGGUCAUCAUUUUCUAAAGAAUCAGGGAAAAAACAGAGAAUGAAAGGAGUUCAGCAAGGUAUUGAACAGAGAGUUAAAAGUUUUAAUGUUGGUCGUGGACGUGGCUUGCCGAAGAAAAUCAAACGAAAAGAACGUGGGGGAAGAACCAAUAAAGGGCCUAAUGUGUUUUCAGUAUCGGAUGACUUUCAAGAGUAUAAUAAACCAGGGAAAAAAUGGAAGGUUAUGACUCAGGAAUUUAUUAAUCAGCACACAGUGGAACACAAAGGAAAACAGAUCUGUAAAUACUUCCUGGAAGGGAGGUGUAUUAAGGGAGAUCAGUGUAAAUUUGAUCAUGAUGCAGAGUUGGAGAAAAGAAAAGAGAUCUGCAAAUUUUAUUUACAAGGAUAUUGUACCAAAGGAGAGAACUGCAUUUAUAUGCAUAAUGAAUUUCCAUGCAAGUUCUAUCAUAGUGGAGCAAAAUGUUACCAGGGAGACAACUGUAAAUUUUCCCAUGAUGAUCUAACUAAAGAAACAAAGAAACUUUUGGACAAAGUGUUGAAUACUGAUGAAGAACUCAUAAAUGAAGAUGAAAGAGAAUUAGAGGAACUUAGAAAGCGUGGCAUAACUCCUCUUCCCAAACCACCUCCAGGGGUUGGGCUUCUGCCAACCCCUCCAGAGCAUUUUCCCUUUUCUGAUCCUGAAGACGAUUUUCAGACAGAUUUCUCUGAUGAUUUUAGGAAAAUUCCAUCUCUUUUUGAAAUAGUUGUAAAACCUACUGUGGAUUUAGCGCAUAAAAUUGGGAGGAAGCCACCAGCAUUUUAUAACAGUGCCUCACCACCAGGACCACAAUUUCAGGGAAGCAGUCCACACCCUCAACAUAUCUAUAGUUCUGGGUCAAGUCCAGGUCCUGGACCUAACAUGUCUCAGGGACACAGUAGUCCUGUGAUGCACCCAGGCUCCCCUGGACAUCACCCAUGUGCAGGACCUCCUGGUCUACCAGUGCCACAGAGCCCACCUUUACCACCUGGUCCACCUGAAAUUGUAGGUCCUCAAAAUCAAGCUGGAGUGCUUGUUCAACCAGACACAUCUUUGACACCACCAAGUAUGGGUGGGGCUUACCACUCCCCAGGCUUUCCAGGACAUGUGAUGAAAGUACCCAGAGAGAAUCACUGUUCUCCAGGUUCAUCAUACCAGCAAAGUCCUGGUGAAAUGCAGCUCAACACCAAUUAUGAGUCCCUGCAAAACCCAGCUGAGUUUUACGAUAAUUACUAUGCACAGCAUUCUAUACAUAAUUUUCAGCCACCCAAUAACUCUGGUGAUGGGAUGUGGCAUGGUGAAUUUGCCCAGCAGCAGCCUCCUGUUGUUCAAGACUCACCUAACCAUGGGAGUGGGUCUGAUGGCAGCAGCACUAGGACAGGCCAUGGCCCUCUGCCUGUACCAGGCCUCCUCCCUGCAGUGCAAAGAGCUCUUUUUGUCAGACUUACUCAGAGAUACCAAGAAGAUGAAGAACAAACCAGCACCCAACCUCAUAGGGCACCAAGCAAGGAAGAAGAUGAUACAGUUAACUGGUAUUCCAGUAGUGAAGAGGAAGAAGGAAGCAGUGUCAAAUCAAUACUGAAAACAUUACAGAAACAAACAGAAACUUUAAGGAAUCAGCAACAACCUUCCACAGAACUCAGCACUCCUACUGAUCCAAGACUUGCUAAAGAGAAAAGUAAAGGAAACCAAGUGGUUGACCCUAGGCUUAGGACUAUCCCAAGGCAAGACAUUAGAAAGCCUUCUGAGUCUGCCCCACUGGAUCUUAGACUUGCGUGGGAUCCCAGGAAAUUGAGAGGGAAUGGAAGUGGUCACAUAGGCUCUUCUGUUGGUGGAGCAAAGUUUGAUUUGCAUCAUGCAAAUGCUGGCACUAAUGUCAAACACAAAAGAGGCGAUGAUGAUGAUGAAGAUACAGAAAGAGAACUGAGAGAAAAAGCUUUCUUAAUACCUUUGGAUGCCUCACCUGGCAUAAUGCUCCAGGAUCCAAGGUCACAAUUGAGACAGUUCAGUCACAUUAAAAUGGACAUUACUCUAACCAAACCCAACUUUGCAAAACACAUCGUGUGGGCUCCCGAAGACUUACUUCCAGUACCUUUACCUAAACCUGAUCCAGUGUCUUCAAUCAAUUUACCUCUGCCCCCACUUAUAGCUGACCAGAGGCUAAAUAGAUUAUGGAAUACAAAAAGUGAUCUUCAUCAAAACACAGUGUCCAUUGAUCCAAAAUUAGCAGCCAAAGCCAAAAUUAACACAACAAACAGAGAAGGCUACCUAGAACAAUUUGGAGACUCACACGGUUCAGGAGCUAAAUUAGGAGAUCCUAGACUACAAAAAAAUUUUGAUCCUAGGCUUCACAGACUGCCCAAUACAGAGUCUCAUCAAGUGGUUAUGAAGGAUUCACAUACAUCAAAGGGUGCCCCUCACUUAUCCAGAUCAAACCCUGGUUCAUCACAGCCCUCAGGGGCAGGAACUAGCAAUUCUGGUUCCGGGGCUCUGCCUCCAUAUGCCCCUAAACUCUCUUCCUCAGCUGGCCUUCCACUGGGAACUUCAACUUCAGUUCUUAGUGGUAUUAGUUUGUAUGACCCUAGGGAUCAUGGUUCAUCAUCCACAUCAGAGCUAGCAACAGCUUCUUCAGGAGAAAACUCAAAGAACCAGAAAAAAAGUGGUGGCUUAAAAAGUAGUGACAAAAAUGAACCUUCUCCUGGAGAAGCUAUCCUUCCACAAAAAACCAAUCCAAAUGUGGAAGUCACUCUUGAUGGGCCAGCUGAUCCACAGGCAGAUGUUCCCAGGAGUUCUGGUAAGGUUCAGGUCCCAGCAGUGCACAGCCUUCCUGUUCAGGCAUUAACAGGCUUAAUUAGGCCACAGUACAGUGAUCCAAGGCAGGCAAGGCAGCCAGGACAGGGGAGCCCAACCCCAGAUAAUGAUCCCGGUAGAGAAGCAGAUGACAAAUCUCUGAAAGAGGUUUUUAAAACUUUUGACCCAACCGCUUCACCAUUUUGUUAGCUAUUGUGUAACUGAGCAAUUCUUUUCACUCUUGUGACUAUCUCAGUCCUCUGCUGUUUUGUAACUGGUUUACCUCUAUAGUUUAUUUAUUUUUAAAUUAUAAACACUUUUCAGCUGCUAGUUUCAGAACCACAUGAAGUUAUAGCCUCUAAAGCCUGUGGUAUUUUAUAUAAUAUUUUUAUAACUUUAAGAGACUGUAGUAAUUGACCUAAAAACUUAUGUUAGCUUCAGUAAAAGUACUUUUAUUGUAAAUAAACAAUCAUGAACUCAACACUCUGCCUGAAUAUAUGCCAGUUGUCUUUCAUAAUCAAUGUUUAGAUAAAUGAUUGCCACUUUUUAUAUGGUUGUUUAGUUUCAAGCAAUAUGAUGUACAUUACUUUUGAGAAACAGUAUUUUGACUAGGACCUCUCUUAUUUGUCAGCACAGAACUGAUUAAUAUGUAAUGCUACCUGCUAAUUAAAAUGUAAAAUCAAGUAAAGAAAACAUUUUAAAAUUACAAUUAGCAGAGCAGUUCAUGUUUAAGGGCAUCACUUUUAUUAGUAUUGGCAAUAUUAUUUGUGUAAAUGAAGCAUUUGAAUGUCAUAUCUUUUUAAAGUAUUUUAUUGUAUACUGUAUCAUAGAAGUUGGAGGUAUAUAAAUAGAACAUUUUGCUAAAGUGAAAAAUUUCCAAGUUCUCUAGCAUAACUUUUUACAUUUAAUUUUUCAUAUGAAAUAGCAAUUAGUUACUGCUGUGUUACAUUGUGAUGUUUAUGUAUGUCAAUGUUUUUGUCUUUAACAGCAUAAUUUAUAUUGCUUUUUCAAAUGAUGUAGCUGCAUUAAUUGUGUUCAUCAUGACUUUGGCAAUUUUUAACAAAAUUUUUAAAGACCCAGUGAGAGUCUGUAGUGAUUAUUACACGGAUAAUGUUUUAAAUGUCUAGGUUCUGUAUUUUUUUCUUAAAUAGCAAGAAAAUACAGAUUGCUAGUAUAGUCAACAGUAUUUGGCUAUCAAUAAAGAAUCUCUUUAAGAUCUCA